GUGGCUUCAGGUUCCCUGCCGCCUCCUGUGCCCUCAUGUCAGCCAAGUAGGACUGCCACGGAGAAAUGGUCGCAAGUGGGAAAUCAAAUACUCUGGCUUUAUGGAUCUAUGCUUUUCUGGUAGAGGAGCCCUGAGGACUGAUCUACUCUUGCAGGUCUAAAACCAUGGCCCAUGGAUCAAUGACAUUCAGGGAUGUGGCCAUAGACUUCUCACAGCAGGAGUGGGAAUAUCUCAACCCUAUUCAGAAAACCUUGUACCGGGAUGUGAUGAUGGAGAACUAUGGUAACUUGGUCUCACCGGGACAUGCCAUUUGUAAGCCAGAUGUAAUUAUAUUAUUGGAGCAGGGAAAAGAGCCCUGGAAGAUUUUGAAGGAAGAAACAACAUGGUAUACAGAUUUGGAGACAAGGUAUGAAAUAAUCAGCAAUGGAAAAGACCGAAUUUAUACAAAAACGUUCAUCUCUUACUCUACAUCAGAGAAUUCAUAAUAGAGAGAAACCCUAUGAAUGUGACAAAUGUGGGAAUACCUUUAGUCGUCAUACAGACCUUACAGUACAUCAGAGAAUUCAUACUGGUGAGAAACCCUAUGAAUGUAAGCAAUGUAGAAAGGCCUUUAAUCGUGUAUCUAACCUUCUGCAACAUCAGAGAAUUCAUACCGGUGAAAAACUCUAUAAAUGUGAGGAACGUGGAAUGACCUUUAGUCGUAGUGUAGACCUUAAAGUUCAUCAGAGAAUUCAUACUGGUGAGAAGCCCUAUGAAUGUGAAGAAUGUGGGAAGGCCUUUAAUCGUACCUCACACCUUACUCAACAUGGAAAGGUUCAUACUGGUGAGAGAUCUUAUGUAUGUUGUGAAUGUGGGAAGGCUUUUAGUCAAGGUGGAAGACUUAGAAUACAUCAGAGAAUUCAUACCGGUGAAAAACCCUAUGAAUGUAAGGAAUGUGGAAAAGCAUUUAGUCAAGCUUCUCACCUCGUGCAACAUGACAGAAUUCAUACUGGUGAAAAACCCUAUGAGUGUGGUGAAUGUGGGAUGACCUUUAGUCGUGGCAUAGAUCUUAGGGUGCAUCAUAGAAUUCAUACUGGUGAGAAACCCUAUAAAUGUAAAGAAUGUGAGAAGGCCUUUUGUCGAGCCUCAAAUCUUGUGCAACAUGAGAGGAUUCAUACCAGAGAGAAGCCCUAUGAAUGUAAAGAGUGUGGGAUGACCUUUAGUCAUGUCUGUCAACUCAUUGCACACGAGAGAGUGCAUAUUCGUGUGAAACCCUAUGAAUGUAACAAAUGUGAGAAGGCCUUUAGUCAUGCCUCAGCACUUAUUCAACAUGAGAGAAUUCAUACUGGUUCAGAUGAGGAACUACAGUUGUGAAAGGCUGAUAGGCUCUGUGAAAAACACUGACGCUACAAUGCUGAGCAAAACAGACAUGACCUUGGCCCUUAAGAAGAUGUGAGUCCAGUGGAAAAAAACAGACAUUAAACAAAUAACUAACUGAAUAUACAAAACAAAUAAGUACUUAGAAAGAAAGGAAUACAAUUCUGUAUGAGUAUUAACAGAGGAAUGCAACCUUGGCAAAUAUCUAUACCUGUCACAGUUGGAACAACUCUUCAAAGUUCCUGCCUACAUCCAAAGGACCACUUCUGUUACACACGCAAGAUAUACUGCCUAUGAGAAAUAGAUAAUUCAUAGACGUAAUAGAAUGCCUACCCGUGUGUGACAGCUAGACCCUGUGGCAGGCACUUCCAUCGCUAUUCUUAUGUGUAUCCAAGGUAAAUGUGUGCUAUUCACACAUUUACACAGAGAGUUAGCUGUGUGUCAGCUCUAACAUUCUAUAUUCUUCCCAUGUGUGUGUUUGUGUAUCUAUCAAGGGAGAUAAAUACCUUUUGAAAUGUUUCACAGUAGAACAUUUACAAUACACACAACAUGACAUAGCAUAUGUCUGUAUUGUAUGUACAUGAGCUCCUCGUACUGAUCAGCUAAAACUAAGACUCAUGAAGGUUACUUCUGGGGUCCACCUUCUCACCAGAUACUUGUGCCUGCCUCCUGAACAAUACUCUAUGAAUCUAGCUCUCCAAGUUUAUCUGCGUGAGAAUUUGUACUCUGACCACCUAAGUUGGAAAGUAUUAUAAAACACUAAAUUAAACUGAAGUAUGAAAACUUGUUGACUUAUAAUGUCCAUCAUGCCUGCUUCCUGCAUACAAAAAGGAUUUGGGACUAUUAUGAAGCCAAUAUCUGCAAUUCAGAAUCUCUCUUCUUAUUUCUGUAUUUCUUAUUUUCAGAUCUCAAGAGCUGAGAUCCAAUACCCACUGUCACUGCUGAUUCAGUGGCAGCAACAGAGUUCAGAAAAAGGCCCCUGGUGUCUGAGUUCCCAAUUCCCCAUCCCUCUUAAUUGAAUCAAAAAGCUAAUUUAUAUAUCCAUUAUUUCAUUAAUCACUAUUCCCUUUCUCCUUUCCAGUCAUCAUAUACAAGCAAUUUAUUCACUCAUUCAACAAUAUCAAUGGUCUUCUAAAGAAGACUCUAAAAGCCUAAGAAUGUCUUAAACUCACAUAAUGUAUCUGUGCCUGAUAUUACUGCCGCCUGCUCUAUAUCAAUCCUUCUCCUUCCUCAUCCUCCUCCUCUCAUCCCAAUAAAACUCUGAUUUUGUUUAGGGUGAUCAUGGACCUAGAAAUUAUGGUACUCCAAGGCUGGCACAGCCCUGAGGCUCUCUGACCUUCCCUGUUCUAUCUACUUGCAAUUUGAAGCUGACACCAGAAGUGCCACAAUUAUCUUGCAACCUUAAGGGGAAUGAGUCUGGGGGAAGACAUCGCCUUGAUUAUCUCUUGGUCCUCCUGAGGACUGACUGGUGCUUAAAAACCUGUGGGAAUCCAAAAGAGGCUGGCUUAGUCACUGCUGCUUUUCAAGGAGCUGGGAAUCAGAAGUCAAGAGCUGCGAACUCACGUUUAUUGAAUACCUUCUAGAUGUCAGUAACUGUGCACGGGACCUACCUUCUCAUUUAAUCCUCACUACAGCUCAGUAAGAUUUGUAUUACCCAUUUUACAGGUGAGAAAACAGAGGCUUGGGGACGGUAAAUAAAGGAGUUGGGGAUUAAAUCUUAGCAUUUUUCUAUCAUAACCCAGUAGGAUAUUAUGGGUAAGGGAAGCAGAGAAACCUAGAGAGGGCACUGAAAAGAAUACCCUUACAGGCAAAUAAUAGUUGUUUGUUUUUGUGGUAUGUCAGGAGAGCACUGUAAGAGGACUAAGGGUUCUCAAAAUAUGGUCCCUGGACCUCCUGCACCAGGAUUCCUGGGGGUGGUGGAGGUCUUAAAAUGCAGAUUCCUGGGCGCCUACACUAGAACUACUGAAUUAGAAUCAUGGAAGUGGGACCCAGGAAUCUCCACUUACAGCAAACUCCCCAGGUGAUUCUAUCGACGUUCAGGUCCGACUACUGAAUUAGGAAACAGACAAGAGGCAUCCAGGACUAAGAGCCAGCCCUGCCUAGCACGGAUGGAGAAAGGAUCCAACCAUUCGCCUCGCAGGCUUCCAGGCAGCUCUCUUACAGGAGGUACAUCUGCUGUUCAUUGUUCUUUCCCGUUCCCCUCUUCUUUGGCCUUCAUGUGGACAAACCUGCUUUUCCUGAUUGGAUUGUGAAUAAAUCUUACUUUUAACAAUC